UGUUUUCUGUGAUUGGUUGCUCGCCAGUGGGCGUGGUAACGGGACGUGGGGUCAGGACGUGCAGGACACGCGGCUCAGUCUGUUUCGGAGCGGCGGCGCGGGAGGAGCAGAGACGGCAUCAUGGUUCUGCUCCACGUGCUGUUUGAGCACGCGGCGGGUUACGCCCUGUUCGCGGUGAAGGAGGUGGAGGAGAUCGGCAUGCUGCUGCCGCAGGUGGAGGAGUCUUUACUGAACAUCGGGAAGUUCAGCUCGGUGGUCCGGCUGGCGGGGUUCUUCCCGUUCAAGUCUGCGCAGAGCGCCCUGGAGAACAUUAACGCCAUCUCUGAAGGGGUUCUCCACGAGGACCUUAAAUUGUUCUUGGACACCAACAUGCCGGCCAAGAGGAAGAAAGCGCUGCUGGGGGUCGGGGACCCCAAGAUCGGAGCCGCCAUACAGGAGGAGCUGAAGAUCACCUGCCAGGCCGGGGGUGUGGUGGCCGAGAUCAUACGAGGCAUCCGCCUUCACUUCCACGCCCUGGUGAAGGGUCUGACCGCACAGUCUGCCUCUAAGGCUCAGCUCGGCCUUGGUCACAGUUACUCCAGGGCAAAGGUCAAGUUCAAUGUCAACCGGGUGGACAACAUGAUCAUCCAGUCCAUCAGUCUGCUGGACCAGCUAGACAAGGACAUCAACACCUUCUCCAUGAGGGUCAGAGAGUGGUACGGCUAUCACUUCCCGGAGCUCAUAAAGAUCGUGUCUGACAACUACCUGUACUGCCGCACCGCCAAGUUCAUCGGCAACCGCAAGGAGCUGUCUGAGGAAAAGCUGGAAGGCUUGGAGGAGAUAGUCAUGGACAGCGCCAAGGCACAAGCCAUCUUGGAUGCAUCUCGAUCCUCCAUGGGUAUGGACAUCUCCCCCAUUGACUUGAUUAACAUCGAGAGCUUCUCCAGCCGCGUCGUCUCCCUGUCAGAAUACCGCAAGGGCCUACAGGAGUAUUUGCGAUCCAAGAUGAACCAGGUGGCCCCCAGCUUGUCAGCCCUCAUCGGUGAAGUGGUUGGUGCCCGUCUGAUCUCCCAUGCAGGAAGCCUGACCAACCUGGCUAAGUACCCAGCGUCUACAGUCCAGAUCCUGGGGGCAGAGAAGGCGCUGUUCAGGGCGCUAAAGACAAAGGGAAACACCCCCAAGUACGGACUUAUCUUUCAUUCCACAUUCAUCGGACGAGCGGCUGCGAAGAACAAGGGGCGCAUCUCCCGUUAUCUGGCCAACAAGUGCACAAUCGCCUCCCGCAUAGACUGCUUCUCAGAAAUCCCGACCGCUGUCUACGGAGAUAAGCUGCGGGAGCAGGUGGAGGAGAGGCUGUCCUUCUAUGAGACCGGGGAGGCUCCUCGUAAGAACCUGGAAGUGAUGAAGGAGGCGCAGCAGGAGGCCACAGAAGUCGUGUCCGAAAUAAAGAGGAAACUGGAUAAGAAGGAACGUAAGAAGAAGAAACGGGAGAAGAAAAGGCUUGAGGCCUUGGCUGCUGCGGUUGCUGAGGAGGAAGAUGCACCCCAAGAGGAAGAGGAGGCAGAACAGAGCAAGAAGAAGAAAAAGAAGCGAAAGUCUGAUGGUGAUAUCUCAGAGAAUGGGGUAAAGGAGGAGCCGGAAGAGCCAACCCCAGCCAAGAAGAAGAAACACUCCGCCCCCGAGGAGCCACAGACCCCGGCCAAAAAGAAAAAGCUCUCUGCUUCCGAGGAGGCUGUGCCCUCCACACAGAAGAAAAAGAAGAAAUCCAAAGUGCGUCAGGAUGAAGAGAGCUGAGCAUGAGUGUAUGGACUGCUGAGCGCGGGGCUCCAAUCUCCGCAUUUCAUAGAUACCAUUUUUAUUUCUGUACAGAAGAACGAAUGUCGGCGGCUCGAGGUCAGAGCCGCCAUCUGUCCAUUUCUGAGGAAUGUGAACCACAUUAAAGAUUUGUAUAAAAUC